CAUUAAGAGCCCCCCGAACCAGGCGUUGUUCAGCGCAUGCGCCGCAUCCACCUGCGUACUCUCGUGCCGCUCUCAAUCGGAGCUCGCUUGAGCUUCCCGGUUACCGUCCCCGGAAGUGACGUGACGUCCCAUCUGGUCCGUUCCGGCGGCGGCUCCUCAGAAACUGUCCCUCCCCCCCGGGGAGAGUUUUAGCAAAAAUGGAUUCUCCGGAAGUAACAGAGUUGCAGCAAGAAGUGAUGGAGGAGUUGGGGAUCUCUAUGGAAGAGCUCCAGCAAUUCAUUGAUGAGGAGCUGGAGAAGUUCGAGUGUGUGAAGCAGCGGAAACAGCAGCUGGAAGAGCUGGAAAAGAGCGUGGAACAGAAAGAAGCAGAAGUUGCAUAUGUCGACCAGCUCUUUGAUGAUGCUUCAAGAGCCAUUGGUAAAUGCGAGAUACUGGUAAAAGAUCUCUACUUCAAGCUGGGCCUUCAGUAUCGUGAGAGCAGCUCUGAAGAUGAGGACUCAGCUUCCAAGCCCACGGAAGUGAUCGAAAUCCCAGAUGAGGAUGACGACGAUGUUAUGAGUAUUGAUUCGGGUUGGAAGCACAGUGAUGCAAGUAACCGAAUCUCAAAGGAUCAGACGCUGCUUCGAGAAGCCAUGGCUGCGAUGAGGAAGUCUGCCCAAGAUGUUCAGAAAUUUAUGGAAGCUGUUAACAAAAAAACAAAUGCCCAGGACCUGCAAAAAGACGGGCUGUCCUCUCCACCGAGCUCUGUUGGCGUGUCCCAGCAGGUGAGCUCUGCACUUGCAGGGGGUGACCUCAGCAAUGACGGUGACCUGGUGGUUGGUAUGCGUAUCCUAGGCAAGAAGAGGACGAAGACGUGGCACAAAGGAAUUUUGAUUGCAAUCCAGGCAGUAGGUGCUGGUAAGAAGUUCAAAGUGAAAUUCGACAACAAAGGGAAGAGUUUGCUUUCUGGCAAUCACAUUGCGUAUGACUAUCAUCCCUCUGCUGAGAAACUCUACGUCGGAAGCCGGGUCGUGGCCAAAUACAAGGAUGGGAAUCAAGUCUGGCUCUACGCUGGUAUUGUGGCCGAAACACCAAACAUGAAGAAUAAACUGAGGUUCCUGAUCUUCUUCGAUGAUGGCUAUGCUUCUUACGUCACUCAAUCGGAGCUGUACCCGAUCUGCAGGCCACUAAAGAAGACCUGGGAAGACAUAGAAGACAUUUCCUGUCGUGAUUUCAUAGAGGAGUACAUCAGUGCCUACCCAAACCGUCCCAUGGUAUUGCUGAAGAGCGGCCAGCUGAUUAAAACAGAAUGGGAAGGGACCUGGUGGAAAUCCAGAGUGGAGGAAGUGGAUGGCAGUCUGGUCAAAAUCCUCUUCCUGGAUGACAAACGCUGUGAAUGGAUUUACCGCGGUUCCACACGGCUGGAGCCUAUGUUCAGCAUGAAAACCUCCACGGCCUCCACUCUGGAAAAGAAACAAGGAGGGCAGAUGAGGACUCGUCCCAAUGUUGGUGCUGUGAGGAGCAAAGGGCCCGUAGUACAGUACACACAAGAAUUAACAGGAACCAGCACCCAGUUUAAACCUAUAGAACAAAUCCAAGCAAUGUCUGUAGCUGCACCGUCUGUUUCCCCACAGCCUGCUGAGAUGGAAAGCCCCGAAAGUCAGCUGGCUCAGUCCAGAAAGCAAGUGGCCAAGAAAAGCACGUCCUUCCGUCCUGGCUCUGUCGGGUCUGGGCACUCUUCGCCGGCUUCUCCUGUCCUAAGUGAAACUCCUCCCAUGGGAAAAGCUGCAGUGAACCAGCAGUAUCGUGGAAGCUAUUCCAGUGGCCAGCCAGGCAGCAGCGCAGUGCAGCCAUUCCACGGCAUGAUGGACCGGGUGCCCAAUGAGCCCUCAUACCGGGCCCCGAUGGAGAAGCUCUUUUACCUGCCCCACGUCUGCAGCUACGCCUGCCUGUCGCGGGUCCGCCCCAUCCGGAGCGACCAGUACCGCAGCAAGAACCCCCUCCUCAUCCCGCUUCUCUACGACUUCCGGCGCAUGACCGCCCGCCGCCGCGUCAACCGCAAGAUGGGCUUCCACGUCAUCUACAAGACGCCGUGCGGGCUGUGCCUGCGCACCAUGCAGGAGAUCGAGCGCUACAUCUUCGAGACGGACUGCGACUUCCUCUUCCUGGAGAUGUUCUGCCUAGACCCCUACGUGCUGGUGGACCGCAAGUUCCAGCCCUACAAGCCCUUCUACUACAUUGCAGACAUCACCAAAGGCAAGGAGGACGUGCCGCUGUCCUGUGUCAACGAGAUAGACACCACCCCUCCUCCGCAGGUGGCGUACAGCAAGGAGCGCAUCCCGGGGAAAGGAGUCUACAUCAACACCGGCUGGGAGUUCCUCGUGGGCUGCGACUGUAAAGAUGGCUGCAGAGACAAAUCUAAAUGCGCCUGCCACCAGCUGACAGUCCAAGCAACAGGCUGCACCCCCGGUGGGCAGAUCAACCCCAAUUCUGGCUACCAGCACAAGAGGCUGGAGGAGUGCCUCCCCACAGGAGUCUAUGAGUGUAACAAGAGAUGCAAAUGCAACACGAACAUGUGCACCAAUCGCUUGGUACAACACGGACUCCAAGUCAGACUCCAGCUAUUCAAGACUCAGAACAAAGGCUGGGGAAUCCGCUGCCUUGACGAUAUUGCCAAGGGCUCUUUCGUCUGCAUCUAUGCAGGGAAAAUCCUGACGGACGACUUUGCCGACAAAGAAGGGCUGGAGAUGGGGGACGAGUAUUUCGCCAACCUGGAUCACAUUGAGAGCGUGGAGAACUUCAAGGAGGGCUACGAAAGCGAUGCCAAGUGCUCCUCCGACAGCAGCGGCGUGGACCUGAAGGACGAAGAGGAAGAGAACACCGGCACCGAGGAGCAGGAGGAGUCCAACGAGGACAGCUCCGACGACAACUUCUGCAAGGACGAGGAUUUCAGCACCAGCUCAGUGUGGCGCAGCUACGCCACCCGCCGGCAGACCCGGGGCCAGAAGGAGAACGGCCUGUCUGAGACAGCCUCCAAGGACUCCGGCCUCACCCGGCAGAUCAGCCACGACGAGGUCGCCGUGGCCGCCGCCUGCAAACUGCCCGUGUCCGAGGAGACCUCCAAAAACAAAGUGGCCUCCUGGCUGAGCUCCAACAGCAUGUCGGACAGCUUCCAGGACAACGAUAGCGCCUCCUCGUUCAAGAUGAACGAGGCCAGCGAGGUCAAGGCAGGCAAAGUAGAAGUCCUGGGUGACCGGGACAAGCCCUCCACCUCUGGGCUUGGGGGCAAGGAGGCCUUUGGCUUGGAUGCCGACUCAAAGAUGCAGAAGAAGGAGGAAUCUGAAGAGCCAAACAAGCUGUCGAUGGCAUCCGAGACAGGCAAGCUGUAUGGCUAUAAUCCGAGCCCCAUGAAACUCGAGGGGAUCCGGAGGCCACCAAGCAAGACUAUCAUGCAUCAGAGCAAAAGGCACUUGGCUCCUCCCCAGCAAGCAGCUGACGAUGUGCUGACGCUGUCAAGUAGCACGGACAGCGAGGGUGAGAAUGGCCAGCCGGCGGCAGGACAAGCGCAGGGCAACACGAAUGAUAGUGAUGACAUCCAGACUAUUUCCUCUGGCUCAGAGGAGGAGGACAUCGACGAUAAAAAGAAUUCCUCUUCCGGUCUAGGCCCCGUUAAAAGGCAAGUGGCAGUGAAGUCCACACGGGGUUUUGCCCUCAAAUCGACUCACGGGAUUGCCAUAAAGUCGACCAACAUGGCAUCAGCUGACAAGGGGGAGAACAUGCCAGUGCGCAAAAACACCCGCCAGUUUUACGACGGCGAAGAGUCCUGCUAUAUCAUUGAUGCCAAACUCGAAGGGAACCUCGGCCGUUACCUCAAUCAUAGCUGCAGCCCCAACCUGUUUGUGCAGAAUGUCUUUGUGGACACGCAUGAUCUCCGUUUCCCCUGGGUUGCCUUCUUCGCUAGCAAGAGGAUCCGAGCCGGGACUGAGCUGACCUGGGAUUAUAACUACGAGGUGGGCAGCGUGGAGGGCAAGGAGCUCCUGUGCUGCUGUGGUGCUAUCGAAUGCCGAGGCAGGCUGCUCUGACCACGCUGGUGCCCGCCUCGUGAAGGACAUGGGCUGCUGGCCCUGGAUUCCCCAGGGCUCGUUAUUCUGAGCCAGAAAAAGGUUGAUUCUCAACCCCAGGCAUUGUCCCUCCCCUCCCUGCACAACCCUUUGUCUGUGAGGGUGACAUACUGUAUUUCAUCUCGAGCUGUUUCUAAUUACACCCUGAUUAUUUGUAAUUUUAGCUGUUACAAAGCUGGUUACGUAACUGGGAGCUGCCCCGUUCACUUGAAAAUAUGCCUACAGGUACACAGACCAUAACACUAUCAGGUGAACCUAGGGUAGCUUGGCUCUGUGCGUAGGGCUGAGACGGACAGUAAUGUUCCCAGCGAGCGACUGACUCACCGCUCAGGCACUCAGCUAGCUGCUCAACUUAGUACCUGUCCUAGUGACAGCUCAAUUCAAGCAUGAAACACAUGAGGCAGGCAGUACAGAAGGGUCCCCUGCUUCGCCAUCCUCCAGCCAGCCUCUGUUGCACCCAAGUCUGCCAUGUCAAAUCCCCCAUCCCCAAAAAACUAGGCAACUAGUUAGAAUUGGUGCCCUCUUAUUAUCACUAUUUCAACAAAGGGAAGCAUUUCAGAGAGGCAGUGGUAGAUCAGCCAAUCCAGGAACCGUAUUGGGAUUUCCCUGGUGUAUCGCUGAACAUGCUGGUAAGGCCCUGGGGGAGUGAACCAAGGUUGGAGUUAAAUCAAAAUACUGAGGAGUUCAGAAGGGAGAUGUCUGGCCUACUUUCUCUGACUUGGUCCUUUUGUAAAAAACAACCCUGGCUGCCAUUGUAAGCAAUAAUCGAUGCAUUUCUUAAAAAUAACCUGACCUCAAAUCAGUGCCCCCACCCUGCAGUAUAGCAGGAACAUGAAAGUGGCUUGCGGCCUGCUUUUGGGAGAGCAUCAAGACUGAGGCAGGCUGUGGGCAAACACGAGUGAGCACGUGGGAUUUGCCUAGGAAUUGGACUCUGGGAACAACACUCACUUGUUGGUUAGUGAACAAACCCAGGUCUUUAAGGCACUGCCAAAGCCCAUUAUGGCUCCAACUGUGUGAGGCUUCUAUACAGCU